CUGAUCAUAUGAUCUCCUACGGUGUCCGUAGAGGAUAGAUGUAUAGACUGCGCUCGUCUGACAGACAGCUACAUGGCGGAGACGUAUGCGGAAAUAAUAUUUCAUCUGGCUGCUCUGAACCAGUGAUUUGGAAACUGAACACAUAUAGAAUUAUUUUUGAAGUGUUACCCAGUAGUUGUCCCGCUACUUAUUAGCAGAGAUGAAGGUGCUGACUUUGCUCCAGCCUCAUGGGGCCCAGGACCUGCAGGCUGCAUCAGGGGGGCUCUACUCUAACUACCUUGGCCAGAGCAUGGAGAACAGAUGCCUGAUCCAUGCAUCUGUGCUGCCUCAGUCCUUCUCUGGACCAGUAUCCCAGCCCUCCUCCUGCCCCUCUCUCCAGCCCUCCAGGCUCACCUCCACCACCUCCUCCCUCCUCUCCACUACCACAUCCUCCCUCACUUCUCCCUGUCUUACCUCCCCCCUCCUCACCUCUCCACUCCUCAGCACAGAGAACAAAUUCCUAAAGAAGGAUUCACUAAUCUUCCCUCAUUCCCUCUCUCUCCCCUCUCCCCUCCCCCCUCUGUUCUCUUCAACCCUGGCACCCUCUACACGUGUCCUGCCUCCUACCUGUUCUCUCCCCCCUCCGGUUCUGAAUGUAGACGAGCAGAUUGGGGGAGAAGGAAGAAUUAGGCAGCCUGCCUCUGAGGACGCGCUGUCUUACCAUGAAGAGAUGACUGUGGAUUCUGACUGGGACAGCCUCAUGGCUGAGGAGACUGAGGCAUUCACAGAAAUGCCUGUCCUGGACAUGGCAUUGGAUGAAGAGAAGUUGGACCAAACCAUGCCAUUCGGGGAACAGGACUUUGGUGAGAUGGAGAGGGGGAAAGAUGAACUGGAGGAAGAACUGAAAGACAAAAAGUACCUGCUGCUGAACGAGGUGUGCUGUUCUCUGGUGAAUAAGAACACUGCUCCCGGUCAGAAGGACUGGGAUGUAGAGGAAAGUGUCUGGAAAAGGAUCCAGAACUUGUCCAAGGCCAUCUCUAUUGACGAUCCCCAGUUUCUCCUCAAGGUUGCAGUUUACACCAGACAGGAGUUGAACAUCCGUAUCACAGCUAACUUCCUUUUGGCUCUUGCUGCCCAUCUGCCCACCACUAAGCCACACGUGCGUAGGUACUUCUGUGCAGCUGUGCAGCUACCCUCUGAUUGGCUGGAAGUGGUGAGACUCUACAGCACGUGUUUUGGCCACUCUUUACCCACCUGUCUGAAGAAAGCCCUGGGAGACAAGUUCAAGCAGUUCAACGAGUAUCAGCUGGCCAAAUACAACACACGCAAACAUCGCUGCAAACACAGUUGCUCUAGACCCAAAGGCAAGAAACCAUCCACUCAGCAGUUGGAAAAAUGGGCAAAAAUGCUUGGAAGUGAUGCCACCAAUCUGCAGAAAUAUUUGAAAAUGGAGGAGAGACCUGUGGUGGAUAAGAAGCAGAGUGAGUUCAGUCUGAAAAAGAUGAUCAAGAGGCUCCACAUCAAAGAGCCUGCUCAGCAUGUCCUGGCCAUACUGGGAAAGCGGUACCCUGGUGACCCCAAGGCGUUCUCCCGCAGUGGGCUCAGUGGGGUGUGGGACAGGGAGCAGGCAGGGCAGCGCAUGAAGCUCAAACAGCCAGACACAUGGGAACGCAAACUCAGCCAAGAGGGAAACAAAGCCUCCACCUGGGAGAAACUGAUAGACAGUAACUCUCUGCCCUUCAUGGCAAUGCUGAGGAACUUGAGAAAUAUGAUAACCCAGGGCAUCAGUGAGCGGCAUCAUCAGAAGAUUCUGGGAAGACUGACCUUCAGGAAAGCAGUGAUUCAGAGCAGACAGUUUCCCUUCCGUUUCCUCUCCGCCUAUAAGGUCAUAAUGGAGCUCAACAACAUGGCCCGUGCAUCAGAGAAAGCGGUCUCCAGCUCUAAGGAGAUCCUCAGGGGCAUUCUGAAGAAGAUGCCUAAGAGCAAGAGCCUCAGUCGUUUGGAUUGGGAGACGGCUGGGCAGAAGAGGCUGAGGGUGGCGUUAGGUGUGCCCUUUGUCUACCGCAUCUACAACAUGAAGAAGAGUCAGUUGAAGAAAGCCAGCCAGAGACUGUAUUCGCAGGCCCUUCUGGAGCAGUACCGCAAGGCUCUGGAAACAGCGGUGCAGAUCUCGUGCCGUUACAACGUGCCACCCCUCCCUGGUCGCACCGUGAUCUUGUUCGCUGGUAACAUGGCUGAGGACGACACCUGGAGCGCCACUCAGGACUUCUGCUGCCCGCCUGACGUAGAGGCAGAGAAAGUAGAUGAAACUAAGGAAGAGAAACUCACACCCUCUAUGCAGGAGGUGGCAGUGUUGCUGUCACUGAUGAUAGCCCACAGCGCUGAGCAUCCCCAGCUGAUCCACUUUUACUGGUGGGGUUGUGCAGAAGUAGAGCUCAAGUCGGACGUGCUGUUGGAUAAUGUCAGGCAUGUGAUGAAGCAGAUAGAGGAGGCUCAGAAUGCCUAUGACAAGCAUGAAACAUUCUCUUCUUUCAUGACCAGAGAGAUGACGCAGAAAAACAAGGUGGACAAUAUCAUCGUGCUGGGGGAUCGUUACUUGGAUAAUAACAUGGACAUAGCGCUUGACCGAUACAGGAAGGAUGUGAACAACAACGUCCUCGUAGUGAAAAUCUUCUUUGGGAAAGGGAAGAUAGACCAAUCCACAGACAGGAACUGUGUGGUACUCCAAGGCUUCAGCGAGCAGAUUCUCAGGUUUGUGGCUGAAAGAGGCUCGUCUAGACUGCUGGAUCACGUGGAGCACAUAGACAAGCUGCAUCACAUUAUCCCGCCACAGGGGGGUGCUAAAGAGGCUGAGCGAGAAGCUGCCAUCACCCCACUUCCUGCCACUCCAAAACUGAGAUGGCGAGGCGUGCGUGUGUUUGUCUCCUCAACGUUCAGAGACAUGCACGCUGAAAGAGAUGUUCUGGUGCGCAGUGUUUUCCCUGAGCUCCGGCGUCGUGCGGCGCCACACUGCCUCUACCUGCAGGAGGUGGAACUGCGCUGGGGGGUGACUGAGGAGGAGACUGGGCGUGUCGUGGAGCUCUGCCUCUCAGAGGUGUGCCGUAGCCAACUGCUGCUAGGCAUUCUGGGAGAGCGAUAUGGACUGCUUCCUCCCUGUCCAUCCCUACCAGACCUCCCACAAUACAGCUGGCUGGAUUCUGCUCCUUCGGGGUUGUCCAUCACCGAGAUGGAGAUUCGACAGUUCCAGGCCCUUCAUCCAGACACAGCUCAGAAUCGCAUAUUUUGCUACUUCAGGACACCCCAUCUGUCUAGGUCUGUUCCUGUGGCGUGGAGGUCAGACUUUGCUCCUGAGUCCAAGGAGGCUGAAUGUAAGAUGGCUGACCUGAAAAGAAGAAUAGUGGAUAGUGAAGCGAAAGUCACAGAGAAUUACCCCUGUGAGUGGGGUGGUGUUGUGGAUGGGAAGCCCUAUGUGAAAGGCCUGGAGGAGUUUGGGAAGGUGGUGCUGGAGGACCUUUGGGGGGCACUGUUGAAGCAGUUUGUGGAGAAAACGGAUGAAAGUGAUUCCAGGUCAGAUCUGUCAGAGCAGGAAGUGCACCAGGGCGCCUUGCAGCGGCAGUUCUUUGGCCGUGCCAAGCUGCUCUCUGGGGCGGUGGGGAAGGUGCACGAGGCUCAGCUCAAAGGAGGAUUGGUGCUGCUGGAGGGAGCUCCAGGAGAGGGCAAGACUGUCUUCAUGGCUGCUCUGGCGAAUGCCUUAAGAACUCCUACCAAGUCCCAGAAAACCCCUAGAGGUGAUGUCAUCUCCUACUCCACUGCUGCUACCCAAUCAGCAUGCACUGUGGAAAACCUUCUACGCUGCCUUGUACAGUGGUUACGGAGAGGCAAUGAAAAAGAAGACUUGCCUCUCCCUUCCUCUUAUAAAGAUCUGCUGACAGAAUUCCACUCCCAGUUGAGUGACACCAGGAAGGACCAACCACUGGCCCUGCUAGUUGAUGGGGCAGAGCAUGUGCAGGAUGGUACAGGACAGCUGACCUCUGAUUGGAUACCACAGCACCUUCCUCAGGGUGUGUCUUUGGUGCUGAGUGUCACCUCCACUUCGGCCCUGCUGCGAGUCCUUGCCAAGAGGAAACUGGCCUUCUUGUUUCCUUUAGGACAGCUUUCUUUGCCGGACAGAAAGGAGAUAGUUCAGAAGGAACUUGGCGUUUAUGGGAAGAAGCUUAGUGACUCAGCUUUCAAUAAUCAGCUUCAGACCCUUCUGAUGAAGAAGGGAGCAGUGAGUCCACUUUAUCUGCACCUGGCCUGUGAGGACCUGAGGAACUUUGCCUCCUUUGAAAAGAUGAAGGAGAGCCUGCAGGCUCUUCCUCCGUCUCUGAGUGAGCUGGUGCAGCACAGCCUGAGCAGACUGCAGUCCCAGUACAGAGAAGUGGGACUUGGCUGGGCGUUGGCCGCCUUGACUGUCAGCAGCACCGGCCUAAGGGAGAGAGACCUAUAUGCCAUACUGAACAUGUGCAAUGGCCUGACCUCUGGAGGUGAGAAGGCAACAUGGCAGGAUAUGCUGCACUUGGCCAGAAAGCCCAUAAAGCGUGUCCCAAUGGCAACCUUCUCCCACAUGGUGCGGAGUCUACAGAGCCUGAUUGAUCCAUCCCACUGUUACGGCCCGGAUGACCUCCUGGCACUGACCAAUCCCGAGGUCAAGCUGGCCUUUAAAAAAGAGCUCCUCCUACCAGGAGAGGCUGACUGGACCAGGGCUCAUAUCCUGUUGGCAGCCCAUCUUUGGGUGCUGGCAGAUCCUCAGGGAACAUGCACAUUUCUUCACUGUGAGGCCAGCUCCAUCUUGAACCUACCAUUCCACCUGAUGAGAAGUGGCCAGUGGGACGCGCUGCAUUGCCUGCUCUCUAGUUAUAAUUUCCUGUUUGCAAACGUGCGCCAUGGCCUCCUUCACCACCUCCUGGAGACCUACAGCUUGUUUGCCAAGAGGUUCGAGUCGGAAGGUAUUGGUUCAUGGGACACUUUAGACCAGAGCGGUCUGACAGAUUGUGUUGGGUUCCUGCAGCGCAAUGCACCCAUCCUGUCCUCAUGGCCAGCCCUGUUUCUGCAGCAAGCUCUCAACGAGCCCAACCACACUGACGCCCAUGUAUGGGCACAAGGCAUGAUGGGAAAAGGGGUGCAUGUGAUGAGGUGGAUGAACAAUGAACAACAUACCCAGACGGAAACCAGUAAGCUGGUCUCCACCUUCUCCUCUGAGCCCACCUGUGUGGUUGUGAGUCCAGGGGGUGAGAUCAUGGCAGUAGGGACUGGACAGGGCACCCUCCACCUCGUCCACACAGAGACUGGACAGGAAGUGAGGUCACUGGUGAGCAGCUGUGACGGAAUCUCAGGAUGUGUCUUCUUGAGGGAGGGGCUUAUGGGAACUACUUCAUUUGAUGGACGGAUUGAAUUGUGGGAUGUUGAGAAUGGCUGCAGAACUGCCCUCAUCGAUGGCCACUCAAACAGAAUAACAGGAAGUGACGUCAGUGCAGAUAGGAAGCACCUUGCAACUGUGUCUCUGGACUUGAGCCUUAAAGUGUGGUCAUCUCCAAAGGGCAGUCUGGUCACAGCCCUCUCCAGCACUAGCCCUCUGAACUGUGUGACCUUUGACCCUGAAGGUCAUCUUGUGGCAGCUGGGGGUUGGGAUGGAGCUGUGCGUCUCUGGAACUGGCUGAAGGGUGAAGUUACGACUCUCUCUGGUCAUCAGAGGUCAGUACGCAGUCUGUCUUUCUCUCCCUCCUCUUCUCUGCUAUGCUCUGGCUGUCUGUCUGGAGAGGUGAGGAUGUGGUCAGUUCCAGCCUCUACCUGCGUGGGGCGCUACCAGGCUCACAGCGGAUCUACAGAGGUGCUCACCUUCCUGCUGGGCGGGACGGUACUCCUGAGUGCUGGAUCUGACCACACGGUCCAGUUAUGGUCAGGUGGUCUGGGUCGCUCUGUGAAUGUAUUUGGAGAAUCCAAGGAGUCUGUUAUUCAGGAGUCUGUUAUUCAGAAGGGAAAGAAGAUGUCAACCACGGAGCCCGCUGCUCUAUGUGUGGCUGUCGCUGGUGGUUAUGCUGCAGUGGGUUACCAUGGUGAUGGGUUGAAGCUUUUCAGUCUUGAAUCAGGUGAGAGGACAUGGGCUAGCAAGGACCUGCGGGUGUCUAUCCUCUGCCUGAUGUGGCUGGCUGCAGACGAACCUGAGCUGCUGGUGUCUGGGGGCGGGGACCAGCGGCUGAGAGUGUGGAGACAGGAGGAGGCAGACAUGGUGUUGCUGGGAUGUUUUGGGGUGCAACAAGGCCCCAUCCUGGCCCUGGCACAAAACUCCUCUUAUCUGGCCUCUGCCUCAGAUGACUGCUCCAUUGCUCUGUGGGCAGUGAAGGACUUGACCUCUGACCCCUGGGUUGACCCCAGUGUGAUCUCUGUCCUGAGAGGUCACAGUGGAGGGGUCACCUGCCUGGCCUUCAGUCCAACUGGGGAGGAGUUGCUGUCUGGUGGAAAAGAUCAGGUUCUAAUGGUGUGGAAUGCCAGUUCCUCUCCUCCUACUCUCACUCAGUCUCUACCACACUGCCAUGGAGACUGGAUAACUGGCUGUGUCUGGGGCCCAAACUGUGUGGUGAGCUGUUCCAGUGACUGCAAGAUCCGUAUGUGGGACCUACAGAAAGGUCGCAGUGUGAGAGAGAUCCUGGCGAGAUCCUCCCUCAGUGCAGUCUGCUGCCUGGGAGAGUUUGUGAUAGCAGGCUGUGCCGAGGGGGAGCUGCACGUGUGGAAAUGGGAUUCAGGGAUGGAAAUCAGCAGGAUUUCAGCUCACAGGUCACGCAUACACCACUGCUCUGUGCUACCUGACCCAGACAAGACCAAGGAAACUAAGCAGGAGGACAUGGUGGUUGCUACGGCAUCUGAUGAUGGCACAGUGAAGCUGUGGCACCCCUUCCAGGUACAGCAUCACAGCACCUUGCAAGGCCACAGCGGAGGGAUACAUGGAGCAGUCUCAAAGCAGAAAGGAGUCCCGGCAUUCCUCACUGUGUCUCAAGAUCGGUCGUUGAGGUCUUGGAGCGUUGCUGCAGCAAUGGAGAGUCCUCUCAACCAGAGGGGCACUGUUACCGCUCUGUCCUUCUGCCAGAGUGGGGAUUUGCUACUGUCUGGCUAUGAGUCUGGCAGAGUGGAGCUAUGGAAACACAAUUCUGCAGUUGGCCACAAAAAGGUGUCUGACAGUAGUGUAACAGCGAUAUGCUCCAUGCCUGAUGACCAGUUUGCUGUGGGAUGCAGGCAACGCUCUGUGUCAGUGUGGAAGGUGGAGUGGAAUCCUCAGCACAACGCUGCAAGUCUGUUGAAGGUGUCCACAUACUCAGUGCCUACCCCAGUGAUGCACCUGUACUACUGCUCCAUCCUGCUGGGAACCUGUGAGGAUGGAAAUAUCAUCAAUGUCCGCGCUGACGCUGAUAGAGAGAUUGACAAUUGGAAGGAUGACACACAAAUUCUUGGGAUGGUGGCCAAUGAUGAAAAAAGCACUUGGCUGGUGGGCGAAAAGAAAGGACAGAUUGUGCUUGGCUUCAUGUAUGCCAUGGGCCCAAAGACUGACCUGCAGUCAUCAUGUGGUAAAAUUGAGCUAGAAAUGGAGGAGACUUGUGGUGGAAAAGGUGUCUGGAUAACUGCUGUGACUGUGGAGAGAGAGUUGGUGGUGUGUGGAGAUUCCAAGGGGAAUAUGUGGUUCAACCAGCCACCAAACAUCAACUCCUGGAGCAGCAGGAAACCUGCACACAGUGACAGGAUCAGUGUUCUGAGACUCACCAACAGCACUAUCAUCUCGGCAUCCCAUGACAGAACGGUCAAAAUGUGGGACAGAAACACCAAGAAACAGGUGGGUGUGUUUGUGUGUGCGGGUCCUGUUCUGGUCUUGGAGGUGAACCCACACUGCUCCAGUGAACUGGUGUGUGGCGAUGCACUGGGCGAGCUCUACUUCCUCUCCUGGAGAGAAUAACCACCCAGUGUAAACACAUACAUUGUAUACACGCACAGAGUCAUAAUUAACUUACUCUCACACAGAUAUACACUAUAUAUACAAAAGUAUGUGGACACCCCUUCAAAUUAGUUGAUUUGGCUAUUUCAGCCACACAUUUUACAUUGACAUUUUUGUCAUUUAGCAGAUGCACUUAUCCAGAGUGACUAAAGGUUAGUGCAUUCAUCUUAAGAUAGCUAGGGGGACAACCACAUCACAGGCAUAGAAAGUAAAAAUGUUCCUUUAACGUAGCUGUCAGAGCUAGGGGGGCCAUGCAAUCUCCAUAGACAAACAUUGUCAAUAGAAUGGCAUUACUGGAGAGCUCAGUGACUUUCAACGUGGCACCAUCAUAGGAUGCCACCUUUCCAACAAGUCAGUUCAUCAAAUUUCUGCCCUGCAGAACGGGACUGCUCACAGAACGGGACCGCCAAAGCGUGUAAAAAAAAUGGUCUGUCCUCGGUUGCAACACUCACUACCGAGUUCCAAACGGCUUCAGGACGUAACGUCAGCACAAGAACUGUUUGUCGGGAGCUUCUUGAAAUGGGUUUCCAUGGCCGAGCAGCCACAGACAAGCCUAAGAUCACCAUGCACAAGGAACAAGCGUCGGCUGGAGUGGUGUAAAGCUCGCCGCCAUAGGACUCUGGAGCAUUCUCUGGAGUGAUGAAUCAUGCUUCACCAUCUGGCAGGCCGACAGAGGAAUCUGGGUUUGGCGGAUGCCAGGAGAACGCUACCAGCCCCAAUGCAUAGUGCCAGCUGUAAAGUUUGGUGGAGGAGGAAUAAUGGUCUGGGGAUGUUUUACAUGGUCGGGCUAGGCCCUUUAUUUCCAAUGAAGGGAAAUCUUACUGCUACAGCAUAGAAUUACAUUUUAGAUCAUUUUGUGCUUCCAACUUUGUGGUAACAGUUUGGGGCAGGCCCUUUUCCUGUUUCAGCAUGACAAUGCACCCAUAGAGAAAUGGUUUGUUGAGAUUGUUGUGGAAGAAUUUGACUGGCCUACACAGAGCCCUGACCUCAACCCCAUUGAACACCUUUGGGAUGAAUUGGAACGCUGACUGCAAGCCAGGCCUUAUCGACCAACAUCAGUGCUCGAACUUACUAAUGCUCUUGGGGCUGAAUAGAAGCAAGUCCCCGCAGCAAUGUUCCAACAUCUAGUGGAUAGCUUUCCCAGAAGCGUGGAAGUUAUUAUAGCAGAAGGGGAGACCAACUUCAUAUUAAUGCCCAUGAUUUUGGAAUGAGAUGUUUGACAAGCAGUUGUCCACAUACUUUUGCAUGUAGUCUAUCAGUACUACUGUACUUUUUUUACACUAUCUUCUACACACCAUGUAAUAUGCAUACUAAUACCCAAUACUUAUAAGUACAUGCCUUUAAAACCUAAGAGAAGGACCUCUGAAUGUUAAUCAGCUAUAAUGCAUGUAGUAUGCAAUAGUUACCUGAAAUAAAGUGUGGGUUUGUGUGCUCUCUCUCGCUCUCUCACACAGUACCAGUCACAAAUUUGAACACA